CUCCAUUGGCGCGUCUUAUCCGCCGGCCUCUGAUGUAAACAGGAAAAGUCCUACACAGUUUAGCCAAGUUUUCAGCUACAUAACUAGCUGAUGGAGUCCCUAACUAGAAGUAAACACAAGUGGCCUUAAAUAUUCUAAUUUCUUUCCUACUGAUGUAAGAUGGAUGACAUCAAUUUACACUACAGGUUCCUGAACUGGAGGCGUAGGAUCAGAGAAAUCAGGGAAGUGCGUGCUGUGCGUUAUCAGGAGCGCUACAAACGCAUGCUGAAGGAUGGGGACACUCUGAGUUACCAAGGGAACUCUGAUGAGGUUGGCUGUUAUGUGGCUUCGCGGCCUUUGUCAAAGGGAAACUGCUACUUUGAGGUGACCAUAAUGGACACGGGAGUCAGGGGGACAAUUGCUGUGGGCUUGGUACCUCAGUACUACAAGCUUGACCAUCAGCCUGGCUGGCUACCCCACUCCAUAGCUUACCAUGCUGACGAUGGGAAACUGUAUAACGGCAACCCAGUUGGCCAGCAGUUUGGCCCCAAGUGUAACCGUGGUGAUCGAAUAGGCUGUGGAAUCUAUGCAGACACUUUUGAUGCUGGACUCACGACCGUGUUUUUCACCAAGAACGGCAAAGAGGUCGGCUCUGUGGUGGUGCCAGUGGCUCCGGAUGGACUCUUCCCCGCUAUCGGGAUGCACUCUUUGGGGGAGGAGGUGCGGCUAGACCUUCAGGCCGAGUGGGGCAGAGAGGAAGAAGACAGUGUGAUGAUGGUUGACAGCCAUGAGGACGAGUGGGGCCGUCUCUAUGAUGUCCGAGUCAGUGGAACGCUGCUGGAGUACGUAGGAAAAGGGAAAAGCAUCAUGGAUGUGGGUCUGGCUCAGGCUCGGCAGCCGCUCUGCACACGGAGCCACUAUUUUGAGGUGGAGAUUGUGGACCCUGGAGAGAAAUGCUACAUUGCCUUGGGCCUUGCUCGAAGAGACUACCCAAAGAACAGACACCCUGGCUGGAGCAGAGGUUCAGUAGCAUAUCAUGCAGAUGAUGGAAAGAUCUUCCAUGGAAGUGGAGUUGGCGAUCCGUUUGGGCCUCGCUGCUUUGAAGGGGAUAUCAUGGGCUGUGGGAUCAUGUUCCCACGUGACUAUGAAGAUGAAGUUGAUGAUGGGGAAGCAGCGGAUGACCGCCCCAAGCCGGGUCGUGUACAGAACUUUCUGUACUUGUAUGAUGAGGACGAGGAGGAAGAGGGAGAUGACGCAGAUCAGGAGCAGGAAGGCAGGAAAGUUAUGGUUUUCUUCACCCGGAAUGGUAAGAUAAUUGGGAAGAGGGAAGUCAUGGUGCCAGCGGGAGGCUUCUACCCCACCAUUGGCAUGCUCAGCAGCGGGGAGAAGGUGAAAGUGGACCUGCAUCCUCUCAGCGGCUGACAGACAGCAGGUGCAGCCAAUCUGGUGUCAGCAACUUAUGCCACAAUGCCAGUCUGCCGGCCUUCAGCUGUCUGUUGCUUACAGCAGAACCACGGGGUUAGAUUGGGACAGAUGGAGAUUGAAUCAGAAUCUGCAAAUCGAUUUAAUGUUAUUUUUUUCUUAUUCAUGGGUGAUGAGAUACUGUAGGAGGAGGUGGAUGCUUUUCAUAUCAAUUGCCAUGACCCCAAAAACAGCGAAUGCAUGAUUUCCACUUAAACACAGACAACAGUUGCCUCUGAUAUCGUCUUUAGAUCUUUCUGUCUGAAUUCAGAUAGAGGUCUAUGUUCUUUGUUCAUUGUUGAUGACGGUUCUGUAUGAAACCAAACCAUAUUUGAUUAACGAGAGAAUUAACAGAUUGUAUGAAGAUUUUUUUUUUCUGUAAAAUGCAUAGACCAUAUGUUACUAUAUAUUUUUAACGUGCUUGUACAUAAUGUAAAUUUAUAUGGGCUGCUGUACAAAAGAUGCCACAGAAGGUAACAAAGAAUCACUUCAGGAAAAUGUUGAAUGAAUGCAUGAAUGAAUGAAUGAAAGCAGGGGUGAAUGGCCAGAGGUUGGCAUUUUGGUUUAAAAUAGCAUGCAUUCAAGGGGCAGUCACGUCCCUGAGCAUUGUCUUCACACUCCCAUUCACUCUGCCGCAAACUCCCCCUCCCCUCAGUCAAUCCUAAAGCUAGUGACAUUUCCGUCCUUUUUUUUUUUUGUUCUUUAUUUCUGAAUGUCAGAGUUAAUCAUGUGCCACUUUAUCUCUUCUGCCUGGAAUGAGGGCUAAGGUUGGAUGAAAUUGACGUUUUGUUUCCAGUGAUGCACGUUUUACUCGGCUGCUAUGAAGCAAAAAACAAACAAACAAACAAAAAAAAAAAAACAGCAAAUCCAGGCAAGUGAGAGGGGACAGCAGGUUUCAUUUCUCUAGGCUGCUAAAGCUAUACUUAUGCAAUUCAGUGCAAAUCAGUUCAUGAAAAACCUCAAUCUGUUCAUAAACAGUUCUAAGCUAUAGUCUUAACCUUGCAUCAGGUUGUACCCUAACAACCCCCAUCCCAAUCUUCAUAAUCACUUUAUUACUAGUCCGGUUCACUGAUGCCACAAGCACUUUAGGGCAGAUUGAUUUGAAGCCAUGUGUUUGUAAAUGUGUGGAGGAGAGACAGAAUACAGCUGUGAGUUUAUGUAUGUUUGUAUUGAAGAAUUUUGGAGAUGGGGUGGUGGUAAAAUUAGAAAUUCUGUUCCAGCCAUUUGAACGAACUCCAUUUCGCACCUUUAGACCAAUCAGCAAACUUGACACAGUAAUAAAGUUUAGCCUGCAUUGACUUUUUCUCGUGAUAGUCACACAAAAACGAGAUGUAUUUUUUCAUACUUUUCAAUGCCAAAAUUGUCACAUUUUGUCAACUUAUGUCUAGCACCCUCAACAAAAAGAGAAUUUGAUUAAUUGUCUUGCAUAUCAAUCAUUGAAGGAUUACAUUAAACUACAUCAGUUUGGCAGU